CACUCCCAGCAGCUGAAGCGUGCAGCAUGGCUGGCCCCAGCUCCUCACCGCUUCAACUCCAGCCUGCCUGUGAAUAUCGGGGUGCUCUUUGUGCCGCAGCAAGAGGCUUGGGUGGUGGAGAGGAUGGGCAAGUUCCACCGAAUCCUUGAGCCUGGUUUGAACUUCCUCAUCCCUCUGCUGGAUCGGAUUCGUUACGUGCAGAGUCUCAAAGAAAUCGUCAUUAAUGUCCCAGAGCAGUCAGCUGUCACCCUAGAUAACGUCACCCUCCAGAUCGAUGGUGUGCUCUAUUUGCGGGUUAUGGACCCCUACAAGGCCAGCUAUGGGGUGGAAGAUCCCGAGUAUGCGGUGACCCAGCUGGCCCAGACCACCAUGAGAUCUGAACUUGGCAAACUCUCCCUCGACAGAGUCUUCCGGGAGCGUGAGUCCCUCAACGCCAACAUUGUGGAUGCCAUCAACCAGGCUUCAGACUGCUGGGGCAUCCGGUGCCUGCGCUACGAGAUCAAGGACAUCCAUGUACCCCCACGUGUGAAGGAAUCUAUGCAGAUGCAGGUGGAGGCAGAGCGACGCAAGCGGGCGACAGUGCUGGAGUCGGAGGGGACACGGGAAUCAGCUAUCAACGUGGCUGAGGGGCAGAAGCAGGCCCAGAUCCUGGCGUCAGAAGCUGAGAAAGCUGAACAGAUCAACAAAGCUGCUGGAGAAGCCAACGCCAUGCUGGUCAAGGCCAGGGCCAAGGCAGAGGCUAUUCAACUACUGGCAGCUGCUCUGGCACAGCAGCAUGGCAGUGCCGCCGCCUCUCUCUCAGUGGCAGAGCAAUAUGUGAAUGCCUUCUCCAAGCUUGCAAAAGACUCCAACACCCUCCUGCUGCCCUCCAACACUGGCGAUGUCACCAACAUGGUCGCACAGGCCCUGGCCAUCUACACCACGUUGACCAAGCCACAAGCUGUGAAGACCCAGGAUGAGGCACCUCCACCCUGUGAGGAGCCCCAGCCUCCCAUCACCGAGGUGCUCAAGGCAGAGCAAGCUGGCUCCAGCUAG